GGGAGCGUGGUUGUAGUCGUCUGUCAGGAGUAAAUGAUUGCUUGUGUGUGUGUGUGUGUGUGUGUGUGUGAUACAUGUUCCCUUGUUUCUGUGUGUGUCGUAAAUGUUUUCCUGUCUGUGUGUUCUGUGUCUGUGUCGCGUGUGAAGGUUUGCUUGUCUGUGUGUCUGUCGUACUGUCACUGUAUUUUCUCGUGUCCGCCACCGCCGUGCCCUCCUCUCCUCGGGCUGGGCAGCGUGUUUCCUUGUCUCUGCGUCUCUGUCGCAUUACAUCGUUUAUUGCCUCUUCUUCAAUUGCUGUCCCGGGAGUGGUCAGCGCGGUGAGCGUGGCGGGCCAGACUCACCUGUGCCGCCUGGCGUGGCCCUGUCCCGUGCUGGUGUUGGGGAUGGGUGCUGGUGGGUCCUCGUAUCAGGGAGGGCUCCCCCCCCCUCCACCAUUCAGGGCUGAUCUCGGAGCGGGCGCCGCGGCACGUGAGGCGGCGUGUUGCGCGACGCGGGGAGUGGGAGGCGGGAGGGUGGAGGCGGGAGGCCACUCUCAGGCACCCUGCGACCCUCAGUCCCAGAAUGGUCGGCGUCGUGGCUGGCCGCGGAUGGUGGUCGGGUCUUGGGUCGCAGCAUGUGUGUCCGCCGCGAGGAGAGUGUUGGCUUGCCGCGCUGAUCCCCGAUGCCCCGCGCCUGCCGCCCCUGGAGCCUCGCCGCGCCAGCAGGUGACGCCCCUCCCGCCCUGGUGUGUCACGGCGCGGCGGAGUAACAGGCGAUCACUGCAGACUGACGCGUGACAGGCCGUGCAGCCCUCGGGGAGUACACGUGUGAGCGAGCGAUGCCUGCCGAGGGCGCGGGGGAGGCAGGGCACUAACCCUGGGUCCCGGUGGCCGCCGAGUGGUGCCACGGACAAGGCGGCGCUGUGAUGCCAAGGAGCGACGCCCGCACCUGCCCACCCCAACACCUGUCGCCUCAGGAGGUCACCGCCCCGGGACAGGAGCCAUGGGCACUCUGCACCCGCGCGGCACUGUGGAGUGACCUGGCCUGACCCUCGUGAUGGCCCUGAGAGGCCUGCUGGUCCGCCUCACGAUGUUCCUCCUGCCCCUUCGCAUGGCCGUGGAAACCGCGCCCAUCACCGCCCACGUCACCGCCCACGUCACCAACGCCGUCACCAACGCCGUCACCGCCAGAACACACCCGGCCCUGGAAUUCUCGCCGCACCGCUCCCUCCAGCACCUCCCUCCUCCCUCCGUCAGGACCUUCUACAAGAGAACCAUCGGCCAGGCAGAGGACCCGCCGCCUGGCCGCAGUGAGGCGAGUGGCGAGGUGGAGGUCUUACUUAAUUGUUCAAGUGAGUUGGAGACAGAGAGCAGCCAGGUGGUGCCAGACGUAACAGCCGCGCCCUCACCGCCCUCCAGCCCCACCCAGACCCCGACCUCAGCCCCAUCCUCACCCUCAUCCUUAUCCCCCUCCCCCUCAUACUACCAAACGCCUUCCUCGGGGCUGCUGCUUCGCGACCACCCGCACCCACACCCCCAGAGCGGUCCCAGCGAGGCGGGAGCGCGGCGAGCCCUCUCCCAGGCGAUGGUCCGCUGCGCCACGAGAACCAGCGAGUCCGGAGCCCCGCAGGACGCGAGACACGAGAACCUGACAGUGGCGCGUGAUGUGUUUGAGAACCGAUCGCUUCUUCUGGACAAGGGGGGAGUGAAAGUGACCCCGAUAGGAGGAGACCUGGCUGGGGAGCAGGGAGGGGCCCGCGGCGACCCCCUACCUUUCCGCUGCUCGCAUAAGAGUUACAAGGGUCAGGUCCCCCCCGCGUGGUCAGCCCUCAUCACGGACCAGUCGCUGUUAUGUGUGGUGAACCCGCACUGGCUGACCUACUCCCCGCCCUCCCACCUUCACCACGUCGUCAUGGCGGCGCUGUACCUCGUCAUCAUGAUCUUCGGCCUUGUUGGGAAUGGCCUUGUCAUCUUUCUGUUCAUCGGCUCGCGCGCGCUCCGGUCCCCCUCUAACCUGUUCAUUCUCAACCUGGCCGUGAGUGACUUCCUGCUGGUGUCAAUGAUGGGCGCCGUGGUCCAUAACUCCCUGCUGGAGGCUCCCGCGAUGGGCCGUGUGGGUGAGGCUCCGUGUGUGUGUGUGUGUGUGUGUGUGUGUGUGUGUGUGUGUGUGUGUUUGUUUAGGAGAGUACGUUUUCUGUGUUUGUGGUAUAUAUUUGUGUCUAUAAAACGAUUCCUGCUAUUACUGCUUUCUCUCUCUCUCUUUGUUGUGAUCUUGUACGGGUUCAUAGGAGGGCUCUCCGGCACCACCUCCAUCAUGACCCUCGCUGCCAUCUCCUUUGAUAGGUAUCUGGUCAUCUCCUACCCCCUGGACCCCUUCAAGAAGCUCUCCCACCGCCAGGUGUUCUUAUAUUUGUGCUUGCCAUCAUCCUUGCUACCUGGGUUGUACUCCUUCACCUUCUCCGUGAUGCCUUUGGUAGGGUUCGCGGACAUCAAUUAUUCUCCUGAAGGAUUCCUCACCACCUGCAGUUUCGACUACCUUUCUGAGUCCACCAACACUCGCAUCUACAUCUUCGCCUUCUUCGUGGCCGCCUGGGUACUGCCUCUGAACAUCAUCAUCUUCAGUUAUCUGUCCAUCGUGAGCACCGUGUCCAAGCAGGAGCGCUACUGUCGCACCUGUCAGGGCACCUUCUCCUCCUCCUUCAAGCACCAGAGACUCAAGAGGAAAGAAGGAGUAGAGUUGAAGCUGACGAAGGUGGCAUCGGGAAUCAUCGCUCUGUGGGUGUUAGCGUGGACUCCCUACUCUGUGGUGGCUUUGCUUGGGAUCUUCAGGCAGCGAGCGGUCAUCACACCCCUUGUCUCAAUGUUACCAGCUUUUUUUUGCAAGACCGCUGCAUGCUUCGAUCCUUUCAUCUACGCUCUCUCACAUCCACGCUUCAAGGCGGAGCUGGCCAACAGGCUGGUGCGGCGCCGGCCUCUGCUGGGCGGCAUGCUGAACGGCAUCACGCAGGGCUUCUCUGUCAGCACCUUCAGCGAGAUCCGGGAGGAGCGGGAGCUGUCUGACGUGCAGGCCUGUGGCAACUACGACCCGUCCACCUCGUCGCUGGGGCCGCUGCUGCAGCGCAACACUUCCUCCUCCAGCAACCCUACGCUGGAGCGCAGCCGCCGCAGGGACACGGCGGGCUCCCCGGGCAGCAAGAGCCUGGUGUCGCCGGUGUCCACGGAGAUCUACCCUCGCAAGAGCCUCUCCACGUACAGCUUCAGGAGCAUCUCCAAGAACUCCAGGCUGGACGAGAAGAUAGAGGCGCUGCACAAGUCCCGCCGCGACAAGUGCCACUUGGAGCUGCGCACCACGGCACUCAUCGAGCUGCCCGCCGCGCCGCUGCCCAGGCCGCCCUUCUCCCUCAGCUGCUCCUUCAGCACGGGCCUGGAGCAAGUCAGCCUGUGCGCGCAGCCCUCAGCACACUUAUGGAGCACCUCUCAGAUGCCGCCCGCGCCUGAUGACCAGACCUGCCCCGCCGAGGAGCCGCCCACGGAGGAGGAGUCCCCGCGGAGGAAGAGCAAGACCUGCGCCAGGAGCCAUGCCGGCCUGCCCGCCGCGGCCGCCACCUUCAGGAGCAAGGGGCGCAGCAACAGCCUGCCCAACAUGACCCACGGCCCCUGCGACAGAAAGGCGGAGGGAAAGUUCUCGAGGAACGUGCUGCUGCAGCUGUUCCAGGGCAGGAUUCUGCCGGGCGCACGCCGGAACAAGAGCAGCUCGUCCAUCUUCCACGACGACGGCAAGGUGUGAGGCGGCGGCGACCUGCCGAGGCGCCAUGACGGCAGCUCAGAGCCCUGUCUGUCUUUAGGAAGUACUUAGGCACGUAGGCCAAUCAGGACACCGCUGCCAGCCACAGGUGUGGCGGGGCGCGUGGCGGCGCCGCGGAGCGCAGCACGGGAAGGCCCAGAGCGGCGCGGCAAGGUGCGGGGCACCGGGAGGUGGGGGCAGUCCGGCACAGUUAGGGCGUGACCAUGUGAUAUUAGGUCAAGGUCACGCCGCGGGUUGCCGAGGCGCAGUGUGGCGUGGCGGUGAGGCGGGUCACUGCAGGUGGCUAUGGGGGGGUUGGGGAGGGGGCGUGGAGAGGGGAGCUGAAGUAGCCACAUCAGAUUAAAUAUAUUUUUCUUCCUGUCGCUCUCUUGCUAUAAAAUAUUCGCUAUAUUUUACUAAGGUGUUGCUUAAUUUGUUGUAAGUGUAAGGGAGUAAGGUUAACAGAGUAAGGUAACAGAGUACCUAAUUAAUGUUAGGGGGACACAGGCGCGUCGCUUGUACCACGUGGCGGACGAGGAACUCUGGGGACGAAGAGAGUCUGUGUUUCUAAAAUGCUUUUCUGUGUUAUACAUUUAAGACGGCGCCGCUGUGAGGAGAGGACACCACGCGACGCCCUCACAGUGCUGACUCGCCCUUCAGGUCGCUGGAGAUCACACGCGUCAAAGCGGAGACAAUAAUACCGUAAUGUUAAGGCUAAGGUAAGCAGGUAAGCAGGUGAGGCAGGACCAGUGCGACACAGGCACGAGACACAAGCACAGCCAACCCACGCUCGUGUUACUUUCCCUUGUCUUUCACAUGACUUUCAACUUUCCCGCUACCCACUCCAGGCAGGACCAGGUAGGACCUUCACUGGUCGCAGCGCCCACAGGACUAAAGCACCGCCAACCUCCACACGAGACAAUCUUCACCAUCGCCACACUUCAUCACCACCACGACUCUUCAAUUGUGAUAUCAGAACGAAAAAGAAACAAACAAAAAAAAAACUCGUUAACCUUGACAAGCUUGACACGAGGCCUCAGGGAAGACUCUUGCUUCACACGCCUUGCUUCACUCACUUGGCUACGAAGCUUCGGGCGGCGCUCUACCAUGGGCCCGCUUCCUCCCGCCUAUUACCUCCCACUCCUCCCGCCGCGUGUGAUAUGAAUGAUUGGAUUCCACACUACAGAGGCGCGAGAAUCCAACCUUCAUGCCAAACACGGGGGCGGCGCGGCGAGGUGCGGCACGCAGCGAGGCUUUGGAAUCGACUCUAGGAUUCGUUACCCUGAAUCUUUGUGAAGCGAGGCGUGAGCAAACCCUGGGGUCUCGAUGGGGGAAACUUGCUUUGUCAGGACUAACGACUUAUCUGUGAAGUAAUUAAGCAUUAAGUCAGUCGGCAUAUCACUGUAGAAGUAUAAGGAUCUUUGGGGGAACUCGACGCUUCCGAACGAAAGUAAAUUAAGAAGAAAUCCUGAUAAAACAUUGAAUGGACCUCAUAUAUUUUCUUGUGGUGAUUUUUUUUAUAUCGUUUCGUGAAGCAUUUGUGGCGCCUCGGCAUGGCAGAGGCAAUGAACCGUGCGUGGGUCAGUGAGAGAUGAGUGAGUGGUGCGUACAUGUGUGGUGCCGUGCUAGACUGGGGGAAAAUAUCGAGGCACGGCAGCUGGUGACCUUAACUGGGACAGACAGGUAAAUAUAUUUUUUUUAUUUCAUUUAAGAGAGGUACAAAAAUCAUAAAGGUGGUGUAUUGAGGUGCCAGUCUACAUAAAAAGGGGCCGAAAAGAUUACCUUAAAAUGAAAUGCCUUAAAGCCUUUCGAAUACAAGGAAAUUAAGCCUUUCACUGCGAUGUACAAGUGGCAACACUGAAGGCACUGCACAGUCUUGACAGGCCUCUACAGGAAAGAGAGAAAAAAAAAUUAAUACAUUUUCCACUUUCCAGCAAAACGUUUUGAGGUGACUAUGGAACAAGAGAACUAUAGAAUACUUCGUGGUUACAGAAUAUCAACUAUCAUACAAAAAUAUAUAUAUAAAAAAAAAAGGCUUACAGAUGCGCCAGUCUCUACAGGAAAAAGAUUAUCCAAAAUUAAAAUGUCUUGCAAUAUCUAAAAUAUCCGGAAACUCAUUAUCAGCUAUAGGCAAAAUUUUAAUAGCAUCUUGACUCGCCUAUUAAACUGACGAAGCAGACUAGUACGGCGUAGGGGGGGUGAAGGGAGAGUGUGGGGGCAAGGCAGCUGCUGAGAUGAGUAAGGCGUCGCAUGAUGGUGCGUGCGUGUGUGCGUGAGAGACCUUGACAUUGAGCUGAGGGUGACCUUGAACGGAGGGUAACUGGGUUCGUGUGUGUGUGUGUGUGUGUGUGUGUACUGUUUGUGUAUGUAUUAUUGAUUUAACGAGGCCGUGUACAAAAACUCAUUGUGUGUGUGUGUGUGUGUGUGUGUGUGUGUGUGUGUGUGUAUAAACAGGUACUACUACUACUACUACUACUACUACUACUUGUCACUCACGACCCGUAUUCUGUCAGGACCCGUUCUGUCAUUUGCUCACGAGUACCACUGGAGUGAAUAACAACAAUAAAGGAAAAAGAAAAUAA